UCUCAGCGGUCGUCGACCCUCACCCACGCCACGGUACCCAACCUCAAGAAUCUCCCUUUUUUUACUUGGGUCCGUCGAUUGAGUUACCUCAGUUGGAAAAAAGAAAAUGAAAAGCAGAAGAGACCAAGAAAAAAGAUGGUGGAAAAUUGCCUCCCUUCUUUGACCCGACAAUCAACGGUCACAAAACUGAUGAAAAUAUAUAGUAAUUAUUGUUCCUUCUUAUAAUUCCAGUCCACCCUCAAGUCUCCGCUCUAUAUCAAGAUCGAAGAAGUAGAAGCUUGCGAAUACCACCACAACCAAACUUAUGAGGCUUGCUUCUCGGUGAUUGGUAAAUUUGUUUCCGUGUGUAAAAGCAACACCUUAAGUCGAUUGACAUAUUUCGUUCUUUCUGGGUUAUGGCUGCUUUCAUCAUGAUGAUGGUCUUCAGUUUUAGAGCUCUCCCUAUUCUCGCAAUUUUUAUUUGGUUACUCUUCAGUAAAUCUUUCAGCUAUGCCACUAAGAGCGAUAUCGACUGCCUACAAGCUAUAAAAUCUUCUUUGAAAGACCCAGACAGUUACUUAACAACAUGGAAUUUCGAAAAUAAUAAUACUGAAGGGUCCAUCUGUAAAUUCAUUGGGAUUGACUGUUGGCAUCCGGACGAGAAUAGGGUCUUGAAUAUCAGGCUGGGAGACAUGGGACUUAAGGGCACGUUUCCAUUAGGUGUUGCUGGUUGUUCGUCCAUGACAGGGUUAGAUCUUUCUAAUAACAAAAUCUAUGGAAAUAUUCCAAAUAACAUCUCUCAUAUAGUCGGAUUUCUGACGAGCCUUGAUCUUUCCAACAAUGAGUUAUCCGGAGAGAUUCCUGCAGAACUUUCCAAUAUCACUUACUUGAAUGUCCUCAAACUUAACAACAACAACUUAACAGGUCGAAUCCCUGCACAGCUUGGUCAACUUAACAGAAUCAAGGAAUUUAGUGUGUCAAACAACCGAUUGAUUGGGCCAGUUCCGAUCUUCUCAGGCAAUGCUAGUAUCACUGCAGAGAGCUAUGUCAAUAAUGCAGGACUGUGUGGAGUUACGUUGACGCCUUGCCAAGGCGCUUCCAAGAAAACCAACAUUGGGCCAAUUAUUGGGGCGGCUGUUGGGGGGUUGACUCUUGCAGCUUUGGGUGUGAGUAUUGGCAUGUACUUUUAUAUGCGCAAGUUGGCUAGGAAGAAGAAGGAAGGAGAUCCUCUAGGCAACAAAUGGGCAAAGAGUAUGAAGGGUUCCAAAGGCAUCAAGCUUUCAAUGUUUGAGAAGUCUGUUUCCAAAAUGAAACUAAAUGAUCUUAUGAAGGCUACCAAUGACUUCAGUAAAGAGAAUAUAAUUGGGUCAGGAAGAACAGGGACAAUGUACAAAGCAGCACUUGAAGAUGGCACGUCUCUUAUGGUGAAGAGAUUGCAGGAUACUCAACAAUCAGAGAAAGAAUUUGUGUCCGAGAUGGCCACUCUUGGAAAUGUAAAGCAUCGGAAUUUGGUUCCACUUCUAGGCUUUUGCAUGACUAAGAAGGAAAGACUCUUAGUCUAUAAGCACAUGACAAACGGUACCCUCCAUGAUAAGCUACAUGUUGUGAAUGAUGGCAAGAAACCUUUAGAUUGGCCUUUGAGGCUUAAAAUUGGGAUAAGAGCAGCAAAAGGAUUUGCAUGGAUGCACCACACUUGCAAUCCCCGUAUUAUUCACCGAAACAUAAGUUCUAAAUGCAUCUUACUGGAUAUGGAUUACGAGCCUAAAAUUUCCGAUUUUGGACUUGCUAGGCUUAUGAAUCCCGUUGACACUCAUCUGAGUACUUUUAUAAAUGGCGAAUUUGGGGACUUGGGUUAUGUUGCUCCGGAAUAUGCAAGAACUCUAGUUGCGACUCCAAAGGGGGAUGUCUAUAGCUUUGGUGUCGUGCUUCUCGAGUUAGUAACUGGCGAGAAACCGACUUAUGUGGCGAAAGCACCUGAAAGCUUUAAAGGAAAUCUAGUUGAGUGGAUUUCCCAACUCUCUGGUAACUCAAAACUUCAAGAUGCAAUCGAUGAGUUGUUGGUUGGGAAAGGGUAUGAUAGUGAGCUUUUCCAGUUUCUCAAGGUUGCUUGUACCUGUGUGUUGGCAGCUCCUAAAGAGAGGCCUACCAUGUUUGAAGUGUACCAGCUUUUGAGAGCUAUUGGACAGCGUUAUGAUUUCACAACAGAAGAUGAUGUUUUGGUGUUAUCGGAUGAUGGCAACGCUGAUCAACUAGAAGAACUCAUCGUUGCUCGCGAUUUAUAGGAGAUGAUCAAUCAAAGAAAAGUAAAAGGAGAUAGAGUGGCGAGUUGAAGCAUAGUCCAUGUGUAAAUUAUCUGUUAUCGUAAUUUGUUUUUCAAUAAUUUUACUUAUCAGUUAGAUUACACUAUGGUAAAUUUAAGAUGAUGGUUUAUGCAUAAUACUCCAGGUAAAUUGCUGACUUAAAAUUGUACAGUUUUUUUGCCUUUUUUUUCAUACUGAAGAAUGUAGGGCGUCUUUUUUUUCUUUUUUCUUUUUAUCUUGUCUAUCGCGUGUUCUGUUUUUUGUCUAGUAUGUAUUCGAUGAACAUUGGUGUUACUUA